CAAGAAAUAGAGAGAGGAACCUUAGCAGCCGUCUCCCCUCUUUGUAGGGGUUGAGAUUUUCCGUCGCCCCUAUCAAUAUGGGAUUGGAGCGGCAGAUGAUACUACUUUUAUGUGUUCUAGCGCUUGGGAUUGCAACUACGUUGGAGGAGAUAUCGUUGGCGGAUGAACGAGAUGCGGCUGGGAGGCUGGAUCGUGAAGCCUUAGUCGACCAUUCCGACGGUGGUGGACUAGUGGAAUUGGUAUUCACCCAUAUUGUAAGAGCUCGUCCUCCUCUGGAACCACCUCCAUACCAGGAAGAGCUUUGUGGAAAGAUUUUAUUUCAGUAUUAUUUUCUCUUUAGUAGCACUUAUUUCUAUUUUAGUCUAAGUAGAUUUGGUACGAAUGUUUGGAUUUUUGGAGUUCUUUUGAUAGACAGGGGGUUUGGCUCCGAUUGUUUUAGGCCUAAAUUUGCCCG